AUGUCCUCGCUGAACCGAGAGGGAACGGAGGGCGGCUCGGCGAAUUUGACCGCCACCGCGCCAAUGCCCACCUCCUCUAUGAAGAUUUACAUUACCGAAAGUAGUCAUCACCAUCAUCACCACAGUGGUGGUAAUCACAUUGACCAGAGCGCCGCAGCCGCGGAGAACGUCAAAAUCGGCGACAAGCUCAGUCUGAGCAUUAGCAUUGAGGAGCAGGAAAUGUACGGCAUGAAGGUGACCAACUGCCUGGUCCGCGACGGCCUCAACUGGGGCGAGCAGCCGCUGAUCAACGACGACGGCUGCCCGGUGGACCGCGAGAUAAUGGGCCCAUUUGAGUAUGCAGGCAACCUGACCCGCGCCCAGGUCACCUUUCACGCCCACAAGUUCCCCUACACCAGCUCCGUCUACUACCAGUGCAAUGUGCGACUCUGCCUGAAGGAGGGCGGCGGCUGUGAUGAUGUGCCACCGAGCUGCGACCGAAACGGCCGCAACUACCGCGCCCCCAACACCCGAUCCCGGCGAAACACGGUCGGCUACGAUGCGGUGGUCGUGCCCACCACCGGCGCCAGUCAGUACCCGAAUCUCGCCUCCGCUCUGGCCAGUCGCCUCGCCUCGCAAAAGGGCGACAAGGACAUGAGCAUGGAGGUGUACUCCGGCCUGUACGUCGACGAGAGUGAAAACACCAAGAAGGGAAAGGUCUCCGAUUCGACGGGAGGAGCAGGAGAUGGAGGUGGAGAUGAUGACCUGGACGAGGACCUCGAUGAC